ACGAACCAUUGCAUCAAAAACAUCACACAUGACACAACACAACACAACCGCUGUUUCCAUCUCUCUCUCUCUCUAGUCUCUAGUCUCGCUAGUCUCUCUAGUCUCUACUCUAGUCUCUCUACUCUCGAACGGCUAACUUAGCCAAGAUCGUUACUAGAUUCGUUUUUUCCCCUUUUUGCUGGUUUUAAGACACGAACUUGGUCCAGUAGUUAUUGCUUAAAGACAAGAAAUUUAUAAGCUUUCCAAUAAGCAAAUAUCAUCUCCCCUCCAAUCAUUUCCCUGCGCUGGCCCAGCCAGCUUGCUACGAUUUCAACACGACGUCGUCUUGAUUCGUUUCGAGCUGUGGAUAUGGCUACUGUGGUUGUUGGUCCUCUCUCCAGAAAUUGAUCCUCUUCUCUGCUUUCUACUGUGAUUUUCUCCGCAAACCAAACAAGUUCUUAUAUAUUUGAGUUUCUGAGAAAUUGGAAGAAAAUGUUCAGCUUUUCUAAGAGGCGCAUGAGACUUGGCAGAGUUAAGAAGGUGCAGCUCUCGGAUUCUGUUCAAGGAUUUAAGAGUCCUUUGCGAGCAACCAAACGCGCAGAUAACUCUAGUAAUGAAGCUGCUUUGGCUGCAACUAGUUAUUCUGAUGAACUUGAUUUCCAGCCUUCAUCGGGAAAUUAUGAAAACUGGAUGGUGUUAUCGGUUAGUGGGGAAAAACCUGCUCCACGCUUUAAUCAUGCAGCGGCUGCUAUUGGUAACAAAAUGAUAAUAGUGGGUGGAGAAUCUGGUAAUGGCUUCUUGGAUGAUGUACAGGUGCUUAACUUUGAUUCAUUUACUUGGUCCAGUGCGUCUUCAAAAGUUUACUUAUCGCCAAGUAGUCUGCCCCUCAUGAUCCCUGCAUGGAAAGGCCAUUGCUUGGUCUCUUGGGGUAAAAAAGUGCUAUUGGUGGGUGGAAAAACAGAUCCUUGCAGUGAUAGAGUCUCAGUUUGGGCAUUUGAUACUGACUCGGAAUGCUGGUCGCUAAUGGAUGCAAAGGGAGACUUACCUGUCAGUCGCAGUGGUCACACAGUGGUGAGGGCAAGCUCGGUAUUGAUUCUUUUCGGUGGUGAAGAUUCAAAGAAGAGGAAACUAAACGAUCUUCAUAUGUUUGAUCUCAAAUCAUCCACCUGGCUUCCUCUUAAUUGCACAGGAACACGACCGUGUGCAAGAUCGAAUCAUGUAGCCACGCUAUUCGACGACAAGAUUCUGUUUGUGUUUGGAGGUUCGGGCAAGAACAAAACACUAAAUGACUUAUACUCACUCGACUUUGAAACCAUGGUAUGGUCAAGAAUCAAGAUAAGAGGAUUUCACCCGUCUCCAAGAGCGGGUAGUUGUGGAGUUCUUUGCGGUACUAAAUGGUAUAUAACCGGAGGUGGAAGCAGAAAGAAGAGACACGCGGAUACGUUGGUCUUUGAUAUUCUAAAGGUCGAGUGGUCUGUGGCAAGCAUCUCCUCUCAAUCUUCCAUCACAACUAAUAAGGGAUUUAGUCUAGUUCUUCUGCAACACAAGGAUGACGAUUAUCUCGUAGCUUUCGGAGGAACGAAAAAAGAUCCUUCAAAUCAGGUCGAGGCUUUUAUCAUUGACAAGAACAAGAGUGAGUCACCAACACAUCCGCAAACAACUUCCAAGAAGAACCCUGGCCGGUUACUGUUUGGAAAACGAUCUUCUUCCUCGGCAGUUUUAACCGUUGAUGAAUCGGUUAAAGCCUCUUCUCAGAGGCUGAUCGAUUCGGUUGCAAGACAGAAACUUGCUUCAGCCAUUGAAGAGCACGGUGGCUCUGGUAGAAGGUCUUUAUCAGAGAUUGCUUUUGCAGAUCAUCGUAACCCAUCUUCAGGAAAUGUCUCUUUGCGUAAACAGUUCAGCACCGAAGAAGAAUACAGAGCUGUAGUUGAACCAGCAAAGUGCCCCGAGGCCUCAGAUGACAAAAACAAUGGAGGAGCAAAGAUUACAGCGGAGAAAACACUUUCUACGGUGUCUGACCGUGAAAUGUCAAAUCUUCAGAAGCAAUGCUCUGAAACAUUUCCUUUUGCACACAUCGAUGAUGCCUUGAUAUUCCCGGGAAUGGAUAAGACCAAUUUAGCAGCAAACGCAUCAUCAUCGAGCGUGUACCAAUUCCACGAGGCCAAAAUGACGGCUCUUAUAAGAAGAAAUGGGAUUCUGGAAGGACAGUUAGAAGCAGCAUUGGCGGGAAGAGAAGCGGCUGAGAGGAACGUGUCGGUUGCGUUGAGAAGCAAACAAGAGACUGAUAAAAAGCUAUGUGACGCCAUGAGAGAUGUUGAAUUGCUUAAGGAGAAGCUCACAGGGUUAGAGCUCGCUCAAGAGGAAGCUAACAGUUUGUCAAAUAUGGUUCACUCCGACAAUGUCAGGCUUGAGCAUGAUGUAGCGUUUCUAAAAGCUGUCCUAGACGAUACUCAAAAGGAGUUGCAUUCAACAAGAGGAGUUCUUGCAGGAGAAAGAGCAAGAGCCUUCCAGUUGCAGGUUGAAGUGUUUCAUCUGAAGCAAAGGUUACAAUCUCUGGAGAAUAGAGCUGCUACACCAAGAAAGCCUUUCCAUGUCUGAACACAGACCAGAGUCCACAGACAAGACAGGAACCUUGAGACUUCCAUUUUGUAAUCUAGACGUGAAUGAAACCUCUAUGUUUUGUGGAUUAAUGUAAAAAAAGAAAAAGAAACUUAGAGAUCUCAAUAAUAUCAGAUUCCAAUCA